CUCUGGAAGGCGAGCUGGGACAGGGAGGAACAUCCCCAUCGUGGCUGACACUGAAGACUACAAACUGUCACACAAACAGUGGUACUGGCAGGCUAAUGGCAGCCUGUCCGCUCUGUCUCAGGGGCCAGCUGCUGAUGACCUGGGACACAGUGGGAAGGGAAACGCGUUGACCAGCUUGCUGUAGAGGAAUGUGGCUAAGCUGUGGUGAGUGGUGGAUCGGCUCAGUGUGGCCAGGCAAAUAGACCGAGGGGACUUUUGCUACCUGUUACAACAUUUACUGUGCUCUAUUCGUGGAAGGCCACCUUGCCUCAGGUCUCCAUGGACUUGCUGCAGGACUCCAGUCAAACCAUGUGGGAUCUGAAUGCCCGCUUGAAGGGCUUCCUGGAGCAGGUGAACAGGCUGCAGGAGGCCAACCAGCAGCUGGAGGCUCAGAUAGCCGACUGGGGGAUCAGGACUACCUCACGCUCCCGGGACUGGUCCCAGCAGGAACAGACUGUGAAGGAGCUCCGUGCCCAGGUUGCUAAACUACUGAUGGAAAAUGCCCAGCUGGCAUUACAGUCUGACUGCAUGAAGUCCAGAGCUGCUGCCAUCCAGGCCAGGUGUGAGACAGAGGAGCGGAACACCUGGCGUCUGGAGCAGCAGGUGGCUCUGCUCAGGGAGUCAAAGAGGAAGGCAGAUCAGAGCAGCAUGACACUGCAGGCAGACGUUCACCGCUCCAUGAGAGAGCUGCAGGAGAUGCAUCAGGAGUUUGAGGCAGCCCAGGCUCUGCAGCUGCAGCGGGCCAGCUCCUGCGAUGUCCUGUUAGCUACAACCACAGCAGCAGCAGCAGGAGGGGAGGAGGAGGAUGGCACAGGGAUGGAGCUCACCCAGCUCCUCGACCGAAUCAGAGCGCAGUGCGACCGUAACAGACUUCCUGGUCCUGGUGAGAGACACUACGGCCUGGGCGCCGUCUCAAAUCCACCUCCUGGCUUGGUUGGGCCUAGCCGCUCUGGAGCUGGAGCAGCAGCAUCCAGAACACACAGAGGAGCUCUCAGUGAGGAGGAGGCAGCGUGGGCUCAGGUGAGCCUCGGCGGAGCUGCCCUGAGGGAGGCACGGGCUGAGCUAGCUGAGGCCAGGAAGCAGUGGCACUCCCUGCAGGUGGAGAUUGAGACCCUCCAUGCCUUGGAGAAAGGCCUGGAGAGCUCUUUGCAGCACACCCAACGGAUGUACUCCAACCAGCUGCAGGACCUUUCCCAGGUGAUCAUCGGCCUAGAGAGUGAGCUGGAGCAGGUGAGAGGAGGGUUGGCUACGCAGCGCCAGCGCCACAGCCAGCUCCUCAACACCAAGAUGAGGCUGGAGCGAGAGAUCGCCACAUACCGACGUCUUCUGGAGCGUGAAGAGGGCAGGUACAUGGGCCGUGACGGGCAGCCGAUGAGUCUGCAACCCUGGAGGCCCCCUGUUGUGGAGCCGAAGGAGAAUGGGCUGGAGAACGGUUUCAGUGACUCUGCUGUUACUCCGGAUGAACCCAAGUCUGAGCCUCUGCCUGAAAUACCUUCACUUCUCCCAGCAGAGAAUGGGCUGAAGAAAGGCAUACUGCAUAGACAGCAAAGCCUUGUGAUACUCACAGAGCCAGAGCAAGAUAAAGACUUGCCAAUCUCCACAGUGAAGACUCAGGAGAUUCUUCAGGGCAACGUUGUGCGGGAGAGUGCAGAGGGUCACGGCACCAUCGAGACGGAGAAGAUUGACAAGGUGAUAAAGCAGUGGGAGGGCUCCUUCUUCAGAGGGAAUCCCAAGCUGCGGAAGAAGUCGGUGUCCCUCCGCUUCGACCUGCACAUGGCUGCAGCAGAUGAAGGGUGUGCCCAGACUAAACAGGACAGCCUCCCUGACGUGGAGGUGCGUCUCAUCAUGAAGAGAUCUCGCAGCAUCCCAACUAUCACACAGUAACUCUGUCACCAGUCGGCCAGAGUCAGCGAUGGUUUGCAGCUCUUUGUGUUCAUACAGGUGAUGCCGAAGUUACAGAAAUAGCAUCUGUGUCGUUGACAUCUGGGAUAUUGCCAUCCAUUACCAUCAUGCUUAAUAUGAAUUUCAAAUUACAACAUUCACUGAACACUGAACUGGUGACUGAAGCAGAGGUUUCUCUCAGCAAAUCUUGACUAUGGCAGCGUGAGCAUCCCCCAUCAGGCUUCUGUGCUGAUCUAAUGGGGCCAUUUUUAUAGUGUCAGAAAGCCACUUCACUAUAUCAGAUGUACAUUCACUACAUUACAGAGGAUAACAAUUUAAUAUGCAAACAUAUUUCUGUCAUCUUUCUAGAUGAAGAAAAAGUGUCUCUCGGCACUGUCUUUACUUCAGUAUGAGGUCACUGGACAAAAGAGAUUAUAUCAAACAUAUAACUGCUUAAAUACAGCAUUUAAUUCUAAUUAACACUUGGCGCAGGAGGCUGAGUUCACAGAUAGAUGGAGAUAAAUGAAGGUGUAGAGUCACACAUCGCUUCAAACUGCUGUGAACUAUCUAAGGGUGUUUCUUUUUUUUAAAUAGAUUGUCUCUAAGGGACUGUGCAGAGAUUAUUAGGGGGAGGAGGACUCAGAAAAGGGGGAGAAAGGGUCCUAAGUAAUUAAAUGUUAUCUCUCCAGAGAGCACAUCAUUUGUCAGUUUAUCACAACUCCCACUUCACACUUUAUUUUGUAAGGCAGAAAAAUCAAGAAUGGUUAGAAUACUUGGUGAAAGACUGAAAAUUUGGUAAAUAAUUUUGUCAUGUUUGCUAUAAUUUUGGCACUUGCUAAUUCCACUGUUGAGCAGUCUGAAGGCUUUAUUCCAUUACAGAGCAACUAUACACUGAAUCCAUCUUUUUGAACUACUAAAUUAAAUGUACAGUCACUUUAAUAAACUAUUGACCCUGGUCCCAUUUUCUAAAGUUCAUUACAACAGUUAUUUUCCAAUAAUGCAACCUGGAACAUCCCCAAAACCACCAGGCGCUGUCACCUCCACCACUCUCACUUAUUAAUACAACAGUCAACUGUCAGCAGUGUGAACAGUAUGGAGGGUGAAAUAUUGCUAACAUGCCUCUGAGAUCCGCAGCAGUGGGAAUAUUAUAGUAGUAGAAAUUCUACCUCUACUGCUAAGCUAGUACUUUCAGCUGGAGUACAUGAUAUUUUUUUUCACUUUUUGUUAUUAACGGCAAAAUAAAUUGUACCAGUUCAGCAGUGUUACAUUAUAAUGAGAUACUGUGGGAGGGUGUUGGAAAAAAGCUCCCUAUUAAAAAAAAAAAAAAAGUGACAGACAGUGUUCAGUCCCCCUCACCCGUCUAAAUAAUUUAGGUACAAUCCCUAAACGCUUGCACUGCAGACACUUACUGCACAUAGAGGAACAUCAGCACUGAGUGAUAUCCAGAAUGAGUGUACUAUGGGAGUCUUUGUCAUUGCAGCUCAUUCUCUAUGUGGAAAAAAAAAUAUCUUGCAACUCAAACUAAUAACGUUUAGCUACAUUUUAUGACACAUUAUCCGUAAAGAAACUGCUCACUGUGACCUUAACAGCAGUGAGGCUCUUAACUCUCACCGUGUCUCAGAGAACUUAGAUUUCCUGUCUCCACCAGAGGAGGGCAGUAUUUGUAAAUAGUUAAAACACUGCAGUAAAUCUUCAGUUCUAAACUGGGGUUGUGUAACACUUGCAAUCUGUUACACCUUAGAUUAAGAGUUUUUAUGCUUUAAGUUUUGAGUUGGCACCAAAGAUAUUGAAGAUAAGAAAUGGACCAUUGUGCAUUGCAUUUUGGGUGCCUCAGAAUAUGUUGAGAAUAUUUAAAGAUAUUAUCUAUGCAGUCCUGUGCUUGAUUUUGCUUUGCUUCAUGAAGCACAUUCUUCAUUUUAGGAGCUCUGUAACUUCAAAAUGAAGCAUUAUGCUUUUAUCUAACAAUAUAUCAUUUAAAAUAAAAAAAAAGAAAUACAUGCAGACUGUUGUGUUUUCUGUCAAGUGUUUACCAUCAUAACCUUAAUUUGACUUAACAGGAGACACAAAGUGAC